AUGUUUUCGCCGCAGUAUCAGGAGAUAGCUGCGACGCCCCAGGAGCAGCAGCUUGCUUAUUUCACACCUUACCAACAACAGCAUUAUUAUCCUACGACAACAAAACAAGAACCGAAAGUGCGAGUACGACCAAUAUGGAAAUUCUUUGCGGUUCUACCUCCGAAUCUACUGCUCGUGGGAUAUCUCGUCCUUCCUGUGGCGUUCAAAGAACCAGGACCUGAUCCCGAGCCCGACUCGAAUAUGCAUAUUAAUAAGGCCGCAAUUACCAUCGCGGCAUCAGUCUUAAUCGCAGUCGCAUAUGUAUCAUCACUGGUAUUAGUCCUGGCGCAGAGCCAUAAUGGCACAUUCGCAAUCACAUCCGUAUACAUCCCCUGCCUCUGCUCCAGCCUCCUCGGCCUCUUCAAUGUGGUCUUCAACAUCGUCGCCCGCAACAUCUUUCCCCUCAGCAGUCUCGAAAAAGCAAUUCCUGAAGCGACGGUUUUGCUUACGGAGGAGGAGUUGCAGAGACGGCAGCUUAUUGCGUUGCUGGAGCAGGGGAGGAAGAAUGGGGGGAAGUCGCCUAGCCCGAGGGAUCUACAGAGGACGUUUAAGGUGGAUGGGCCGGAGAGGUUGAAUAUUGGGAAUAAUGAGUGGGAUCGGUAUAAGCCUUCGGUGAGGGAGGGGUGUUGA